AGAAAAGCCUCCUGCUCUCUGUCUAGAAUUUGGCGCUUAGCGAAUCAGCUCUCCUUCUUUGGUUCGGAGCUCCCCAGCUUUUCUCCAUCCAUUCUGCUUCUCUCCUCCCAUAUUCAAAGCUGGCUCCUUCUCCUGCUUGAAGAAGAAGAAGAAGACGAUGAGUCGUUCUGCCUCCAGGAAGACUGGUCAAUCCGAUUCUUCAACUCCGAUUACUUCUUCCGCCGGCGGUCUUUUCCGCUCGGGGUAUGUUGGAGUUGAAGUGGAAAAGUACCUGUAGCUACAGAAAAGAAAGUGGCUUGCUGAUCAAAAAGAAGCUAGUGCUGGAUUGAGUGGUCAAAAGUUGCUGUAGAUUGUAGUAUCCUCAGCUUAUUAUUGUUAUUGAAAUUCAACCUCCUAGUUGUUGAAGCCACAGGUAAAGCGUCUUCGAAAGAGAUGGAGCGGAUUGAUAAUGUGUUUUACUCAUAUGCAAACAAGUCUUCAGGUCUUAUUGACCCAGAAGGAAUUGAAGCUCUGUGUUCAGAUUUGGAGGUGGAUCAUACAGAUGUCAGAAUCUUAAUGCUAGCCUGGAAAAUGAAAUCUGAAAAACAGGGGUACUUUACACUGGAGGAAUGGCGCAGAGGCCUUAAAGCACUGCGGGCUGAUAAUGUACAUAAAUUGAAGAAAGCCCUCCCAGAGCUUGAGAAAGAGGUUAAAAGGCCAACAAAUUUUGUGGAUUUCUAUUCUUAUGCGUUCCAGUAUUGUCUAACAGGUAAUGAAAAGGAAAAACAGAAAAGCAUAGACAUCGAAAGCAUCUGCCAAUUACUUGAUCUCGCUUUGGGAUUUCAAUUUCGUUCUCAGGUUGAUUACUUCAUCGACUAUCUUAAGAUUCAGAGCGAUUAUAAGGUCAUUAACCUGGACCAGUGGAUGGGUUUUUACCGUUUUUGCAACGAGAUAAAUUUCCCAGGCCUUAGCAACUACGAUCCAGAACUCGCUUGGCCUUUAAUCCUCGACAAUUUUGUAGAAUGGCUGCGAGAAAAACAGACCUAGAACUUGAUGAUGGUUCUUUGGUUGAUUUGGCUCUUAUUGUUAUUAUUAUUAUUAUGAAUGCUAAAUUAUGCCCUUUAUUUAUCCAAAUCCCAUUUGGCUAUUUUAUGUACAGGCACACAGAUUUGGAUUGGUGUCUGUUUUUCUUCUCCUUUUAAUUGUAGUUCCUUGUUUAAUCAGAACUAUGUACACAAACAUUAAAAAAAAGCCAUUUCUCCUUCCAUACAAGAUUCUAUCAAAUUUCAUUUCAUCCAUCCUUUUAUCUUAGCUAGAGCUAGUGAGAAGAUUCUUCCCCAAGUUUGCUGCAAGGGAAUUUGUGGAU